AUGAAGUUUACCGUCGCCAUUGCUUCCGUGCUCAGCUUCUGCGCCACCGGCGCCCUCGGUGUUUCGUGCGGAGCCCAGGGAAGCUCCAAGGGCGUUCGCUGCGUUGCCAUAAACCAGCCCUGCCCUGGUGGCUUCCGCCCUGUCUUCUAUGACGACCCUGCUCCUUGCUACAAAAACCAGCGCUGCUGCGUUUAA